CACCAACUUGAGCUUGCCAUCUCUCAAAGCGUGCCUUACCAGUGCCCCGGGGUUUCCCUCUUUUUCUUUACCUUCUUUCUACCUGGUGCCUGGAGGUUUAUCGCCUAAACUUUUUCUUUAACUUAGUCUUUGCUUGUUCCUUUGUUCAUUCGCCGAUUUCGCCAUUCACUGCGGCCCCGCCUGAGCCUGCGACUUGCAUCCAUCAUUACCCCACCAUAUUCAAGGCUCAGGAUCAACGCGGAAAACGCAUCAGAGCUCCAUUCUUCCCUAAGAAACAUAAAAACCUACGACAUCCCGAAAUUCUUUACCUGGGGCGACAUCGCCAGACUGUAUUACCAUAAAGUAUGAUCUCGGGACGUGGAGGAGCCGGCGCUCGAGGAAGGAUUCGUCCUCCUCGUCGCAUUGUGCGUCCAAAUGAAGCUGCCGAGGGUUCCGAUUUUGAGGCUUGCUGGAAGAUGCUAGAGGAAGCCCUGCGCGACAUACACAUGAAGAACUGCAGCCGACUGUCAUUCGAGGAGCUGUACCGAGCCGCGUACAAGAUGGUACUUAAGAAGAAAGGCGAAUUGCUUUAUGAUAGGGUCAAAGCUUUCGAGGAACAGUGGUUCGCAGAUCAUGUCAUUCCCAAGAUUCGAGAACUGGUCAGCAAGAGCCUGAUCAACAUUGGCGCCGAACGAACCUCGACGACGUCCGUCAAUGAGAGACGGCAGACAGGAGAGAGAUUCCUCAAAGGGCUGCGUGAUACUUGGGAAGAUCAUAACAUGUCUAUGAACAUGACCGCCGAUAUUCUCAUGUAUCUUGAUAGGGGCUACGCGCAGCUCGAAGCCCAACGAACCCCCAUUUUCGCCACCACCAUCGCGCUUUUCCGUGAUCAUAUUCUACGAUCUUCGCUGAACACGAACACAAAGAGCAAGGUGAUCGACAUCCUGAUAUCAGUGGUCCUCGACCAGAUCGAUAUGGAGCGCGAAGGAGACAUCAUCGACAGAAAUCUCAUUCGGAGCUGCAGUCGAAUGCUCAGCAGCCUCUACGAAACCGAAGAAGAGAAGGAAACCGAUAAACUGUACAUGACAGUAUUUGAACCUCGCUUCCUCGAGAACAGCAAGACAUACUAUGCCACCGAGUGUGAGAAACUACUACGCGAAUCGGAUGCCGGAGCCUGGUUGCGACACACCCAACUGCGACUGAACGAAGAAAUCGAUCGAUGCGGAACAACAAUCGAGUUAGAGACAUUACCAAAAGUCACGCAAACUAUUGAUCAAGAACUCAUAGUCAAGCAUCUGUCCGAAUUUUUGGCUCUUGAAGGGAGUGGCCUGAAAUGGAUGAUUGACAAUGACAAGAUUGACGACCUCUCGAUUCUCUACAAACUCAUCUCCAGGGUUGAUUCAAAGAAGACUGCUUUACGAGAAAUUUUGCAAAGUCGCGUGGUUGAGCUAGGCCUGGAGAUUGAGAAGGUACUGAAGAACACUGAUUUCUCGUCUGGUCAUGGCGAAGGAGACGAGGUCGGUGAAGGAGAAAAGACAAAGACCUUAAACCCCGCGGCGCAGCAGACAGCUGCUGCCAUCAAAUGGGUAGACGAUGUACUCCGUCUGAAGGACAAGUUUGAUAACCUCUGGGCUCGUUGCUUUCAAGGAGAUCUUAUCAUUCAAAGCGCAUUGACCAAGAGCUUCUCUGACUUUAUCAACAUGUUCAGCCGCAGCUCUGAGUAUGUCUCUUUGUUCAUCGACGACAACCUCAAGAGAGGCAUCAAAGGCAAGACAGAGGCAGAAGUCGAUGUUGUUCUAGAGAAAGCCAUCGUCCUGAUUCGAUACCUCCAGGAUAGAGAUCUAUUCCAGACAUACUACCAGAGACAUCUGGCAAGACGUCUCCUUCACGGAAAGUCCGAAAGCCAUGAUGUUGAAAAGCAGAUCAUUUCCCGAAUGAAACAAGAACUGGGCCAACAGUUCACCAGCAAGUUUGAAGGCAUGUUCAGAGAUCUUGUCACGUCAACAGAACUCACCAGCGGCUAUCGUGACCACAUUCGUGACCUGGGAGAUGGCAGCGGCAAAACCAUCGACCUUAACAUCAACGUUCUCACUACAAACUACUGGCCACCCGAGGUCAUGGGCCGAACUACACAGAUUGGUGAAGGAUCUCGUGUUACGUGCACGUACCCUCCUGAACUGCGACGAUUGCAGGCGAGCUUUGAGCAGUACUAUUUAACUAACCGUAAUGGACGCAAGCUCACCUGGAUUGGUACCACUGGCAGUUCAGAUGUCAAAUGUACUUUCCCGGCCAUCCCUGGAAAGUCUGGCCCGCUCUCUCGGGAGCGAAGAUAUGAGAUCAACGUACCGACCUUUGCGAUGGUUGUCUUGCUUCUCUUCAACGAUCUUGAGGAGGGCCAGUCAUUAACCUUCGAAGAGAUCCAAGCUAAGACCAACAUCUCAACUCCAGAUCUCAUGAGGACGCUGACAGCUAUUGCUGUGGCACCCAAGUCUCGCGUCUUGAUGAAGGACCCUGCCAACAAGUCCGUGAAAGUCGGCGAUAAGUUUUCUUUCAAUGCAUCUUUCCAGAGCAAGACCAUACGAAUCAAGGCACCCAUCAUUAACGCGGUGUCCAAGGUCGAAGAUAACACGGAACGAAAGAAUACCGAGGAGAAGAACAACCAAACCAGAGCUCACAUUGUUGAUGCGGCAAUUGUGCGAAUCAUGAAAUCUCGAAAGGAGCUUUCUCACUCGCAGCUCACUAGUGAAGUUCUGUCACAACUCUCCGGCCGUUUCCGCCCCGAGGUUGCCCUCAUCAAGAAGCGUAUCGAGGAUCUCAUCGCAAGAGAAUAUCUUGAGCGCCCUGAUGAGGAUGACGCGCCAACUCUAUAUCGCUAUGUAGCGUAGACUACGAAGCUCAAUCUCACGAAUCACGAAAGAAAACGAAUCGGCAUUUUCCAGUCUUGCAAGGCGUUGAAAUGAUAGGAUCCAUACACUAUUGAUAUACAUAGCGUGGUUGUACAUGGAGGCUUUUGCUUAUUGAAGGCAAGGAAGGGGAAUCGUGUGAGGAGGGUCGGACGUUUGUUGCUAAGAAGAGGACACGAGAACCCGCCAAAGAUUAAACCGGGGAUUUGAGGUCUAUAAAGACGUAUGAUUAUUUACAAGUCUUACCUGCAGCGCGAAUGGACUUGGCUUUCAGUCAGUCUUGUGUACGUGGCCAGCUGGUUUUAUUUAGAAGACAAUAAGAACUACCUGAGCAUGA